CCCGCCACUCCUUUGACCGCCAUGGCCGCGUCGCCGUCACGACGACUGACGCCAUGUGCCACCGCCUUUGUCGCCCCUGUAUAAAAGUCCGCACAUGUCAGUCACGGGCCUCUGCCGCUGCAGCGAUGGCAGCAACACCGGCCUGGGACUGGGAGGAAUCGCUUGUAUUCUUCCUGCAGCCGUUCUUCCUCCACGGCGUGAGCGCCGCGGCCCACCUUAUCCUGGCGCUCGCCGUCGCGGGACGCUUGCUCUUUCGCCGCCUCUCCGCCAGCCGGACCAAGGACGGGGAGGUGGGCGGAGGAGAUGCUAGCCGCGGCGUUGGCCGGUUUCGGUACUGGUACGGGGUCUCUGUCUGCACCACGUGGGCUAUGGGUGCGUUCGAGGUCCUCCUCGCCGUCUACUCAUGGUACGCGAACGGCGGCGCCGGGUGGUCGCGCGACGCGGUCGUUGAACAGGUGGACGCGGCCGCGCGCGCGGUGUCGUGGCUGCUGCUCGCCGCGUACCUGCAGUUCGAUUUCUGGUGGCGUCGGCAGCGCCAGGAGCGGUUCCCCGUGGCGCUCAGGCUUUGGUUGGCGCUCUUCAUGCUGCUCUCCGUAGUCACCGUCGGCGUUCACGCGGCGAUGAUCCUCGACGGGUCCCUUGUGCCCGGUCGAUCGUGGGCGCUCGACGCAGUCUCUGUUACUGCAGCAGCGGUUCUACUCUCAGUCUCAGCUGGGUUCUUCGGAAGGAAGGAGGGAGAGGGAGGCGGCCAUGCUUCCGAGGCGCAUGAACCUCUGCUGAACGGCGCGCACGAGGGGUCCGGUGACGACGACGAGAACAGCAGCAGCGCCGCCGACGCAUCCUUGUUCACUGGCGCCGGCUUUCUUAGCGUGCUCACCUUCUCUUGGAUGACGCCCCUGCUCGGCGUGGGUCACAGGAAGACCCUCGUCCCGGAGGAUGUCCCGGGCCUCGAACCAGGCGACAGCGUUGCUGGCGUCCUCCCGCCCUUCAAGGCCAACCUUGAGGCGCUCACCGGCGACGGCGGCAGGUCGAGCCGGAAGGCCGUCACUGCGUUCAAGCUCACCAAGGCCCUGUUGCGCACCCUACGGUGGCACGUCGCGGUGACCGCGUUCUACACGCUGGUCUACUGCGUCGCCGUCUACGUCGGGCCGUACCUCAUAGACUCCCUGGUCCAGUACCUGUACCUCAACGGCGACGAGAGGUACGCGAGCAAGGGGCAGCUCCUCGUACUCGCCUUCGUCGUGGCCAAGGUGCUCGAGUGCCUGUCGCAGCGGCACUUGUUCUUCCGGUUGCAGCAAGCGGGGAUACGAGCGCGGUCGGCGCUCGUCGCAGUCCUGUACCAGAAGAGCCUCGCGCUUUCCAGCCAGUCGAGGCGGAGCCACACGAGCGGAGAGAUGAUCAACAUCGUCAGCGUCGACGCCGACCGCGUCGGCAUCUUCUCAUGGUACCUGCACGAGGUCUGGCAGGUACCGCUGCAAGUAGUCAUGGCGAUGUUCAUCCUGUACUCCACCCUCGGGGUGGCCUCGCUCGCCGCGCUCGGUGCCACCGUGGCCACCGGCCUCGCCACCGUGCCCCUGGGAAGAAUGCAGGAGCGGUUCCAGGAGAAGCUGAUGGACAGCAAGGACGGGAGGAUGAAGGCGACGUCGGAGAUCCUGCACAGCAUGAGGAUCCUGAAGCUGCAGGGGUGGGAGAUGAGGUUCCUGUCCAAGAUCAUCGAGCUGAGGAAGACAGAGGCGAACUGGCUAAAGAGAUACCUCUACACGUCGGCCACCAUGACCUUCAUCUUCUGGGGCACCCCAACCUUCGUCGCCGUGGUGACCUUCGGAGCCUGCAUGCUCAUGGGGAUCCCCUUGGAGACGGGGAAGAUGCUGUCAGCACUGGCCACGUUCCGCGUGCUGGAGGAACCCAUAUACGAACUUCCGGGCACUAUCGCGAUGGUGAUCAAGACCAAGGUGUCUCUUGACAGGAUAGCAUCGUUCCUGUGCCUCGACGAGCUACCCAGUGACGCCGUGCAGAGGCUUCCACGUGGAAGCUCUGCCGACUUCGCAGUCAGCGUCGGCAACGGGUGCUUCUCAUGGGAAGCCUCGCCUGAUGCUCCAACACUGAAGGACCUCAACUUCCAAGCUAGGCCAGGCAUGCGCGUCGCGGUCUGUGGGACAGUUGGCUCCGGCAAGUCCAGCCUGCUAUCCUGCAUUCUCGGCGAGAUUCCGAAGUUGUCGGGAGAGGUCCGGACCUGUGGGACGACAGCGUACGUCAGCCAGUCGGCGUGGAUACAGAGCGGCAAAAUUCAGGAGAACAUACUGUUCGGUAUGGAGAUGGACAGAGACAAGUACGACAGGGUGCUCGAGUCGUGCGCGCUCAAGAAAGACUUGGAGAACCUGCCGUUUGGCGACCAGACAGUCAUCGGCGAGCGAGGCAUCAACCUCAGUGGAGGCCAGAAGCAGAGGAUCCAGAUAGCACGCGCUCUGUAUCAGGACGCCGACGUCUAUCUGUUCGACGAUCCGUUCAGCGCAGUCGAUGCGCAUACAGGAUCCCACAUUUUCAAGGAAUGCUUGCUUGCGGAUUUGGCUUCAAAAACAGUGGUUUAUGUUACUCAUCAGAUUGAAUUCCUACCUGCCGCCGAUCUCAUCCUUGUCAUGAAAGAUGGGAGGAUAGCACAGGCAGGAAGAUACGACGAAAUACUGGGUUCAGGCGAAGAGUUCAUGGAGCUGGUGGGUGCCCACGAGGAGUCUCUAACAGCACUGGAUGUGGUCGAUGCCAUGAACGAGAACGAAGCCAACGUGUCAUCCUCUCCCAGCAGCAGGAUAGAGACGCCGAACCUGUCCAGAUCCCUGUCGUUAGCUGAGAAGAAACAUGGCGCCACCAACGAGGCUGAAGGGGACGACGACGAUGCUCGGAGCGGGCAGCUGGUGCAGGAGGAAGAAAGGGAGAAAGGCAGGGUGGGGUUCUGGGUCUACUGGGAGUACCUCACGCAAGCCUACAAGGGCGCCCUCGUGCCGUUGGUGUUGCUGGCGCAGACGCUCUUUCAGAUCAUGCAGAUUGCCAGUAACUACUGGAUGGCUUGGGCUACUCCGGCGUCGAAGGAUGCCGAGCCUCCGGUGAGCGCGCCCACGCUGCUCUUCGUCUACGUCGUGCUGGCUCUCGGAAGCUCGCUGUGCAUCCUCGUAAGAUCGCUGCUCCUUGCGACGGCUGCGUACAAGACAGCGACUCUGCUGUUCAACAAGAUGCACCUGUCCAUAUUCAGAGCUCCCAUGUCUUUCUUCGAUUCCACUCCCAGCGGGCGCAUCUUGAACAGGGCUUCAACUGAUCAAAGCGAGGUGGACACCAACAUCGCUGACCAGAUGGGCACCGUUGCAUUCUCCAUCAUCCAGCUCGUCGGAAUUACUGCGGUGAUGUCUCAGGUCGCAUGGCAGGUCUUUGUGGUUUUCGUCCCUGUAUUUGCUGCAUGUGUCUGGUACCAGCGGUACUACAUUGACACGGCAAGGGAGCUGCAAAGGCUAGUAGGAGUGUGCAGAGCUCCAAUCAUACAGCACUUCGCAGAGUCGAUAGCGGGGUCGAGCACCAUCAGAAGUUUCGGCAAGGAAGACCAGUUCGUGUCGACUAACAGCCGUCUAACAGAUGCCUACUCCCGGCCCAAGUUCUACAACGCCGGAGCGAGGGAGUGGCUUUGCUUUCGCUUGGACGUGCUGUCCUCUCUUGCGUUCGCCUUCUCCCUGAUCUUUCUGAUCAACCUACCGGCCGGUCUCAUCGAUCCAGGCAUUGCUGGCCUUGCGAUCACGUACGGGCUUACUCUGAACACGCUGCAAGCACAGGUUGUCUGGAGCAUGUGCACUUUGGAGAACAAGAUCAUAUCAGUAGAGAGAAUCCUACAGUACAUGGGCGUUCCUGCAGAGCCCCCGCUUGUCAUGCCAGAAAACAAGUUGGCUCAGAGCUGGCCAUCGAAUGGAGAAAUCCAGCUUCAGAAUCUCCAUGUAAAUCCAUCGCCCCCUUUUUUUAUGUACGAGACGAAUAGUGUGAUGCAAAGCAACACUAGAUUUGUAUCUGUCUGUCUGUCUGUUUGUUUGCUGCAGGUGAAAUAUGCGCCGCAGCUGCCGUUCGUUCUGAAGGGCCUUACGGUCGCUUUUCCGGGCGGCGUGAAGACUGGCAUUGUCGGAAGAACAGGGAGCGGGAAAUCAACCCUAAUCCAGUCCCUCUUCCGCAUCGUCGACCCUGCUGUCGGCCAGAUAGUGAUAGACGGCAUCGACAUCCGCACGGUUGGGCUGCAUGAUCUGAGGUCCAGGCUGAGCAUCAUUCCACAGGAGCCGACGAUGUUCGAAGGAACUGUCAGGAGCAACCUUGACCCUCUUGGGGAGUACUCCGACGAUCAGAUCUGGGAGGCUUUGGAUUGCUGUCAGCUAGGGGACGAAGUCAGGAAGCAGGAGCUGAAGCUCGACUCACCAGUGGUAGAGAACGGUGAGAACUGGAGCGUGGGCCAGCGCCAGCUCGUGUGCCUUGGCAGGGUGAUCCUGAAACGGAGCAAGGUUCUUGUUCUGGACGAAGCCACUGCCUCGGUGGACACUGCAACCGACGGCUUGAUCCAGAGAACGCUGAGGCGGCAGUUCAAGGAGACCACCGUCAUCACGAUAGCGCACAGGAUCACGUCGGUUCUUGACAGCCACAUGGUGCUGCUCCUUGACAACGGCGUGGCCGUCGAGCACGACAGGCCGGACAAGUUGCUGGAGGACAAGUCGUCUCUGUUCUCAAAGCUCGUAGCAGAAUACACCAUGCGGUCGGUGCUUACAUAGCAGACCACAGACCAGCAUACAAGAGACGACUGAAGAUGGGGUCAUAAAUAUAUGAUGACACCUUUUAAGUUUUACUAGAAACCAAAAAGGUCUCGCGAAAGGCCUUGGACCCAUUAUUACGCAAUGUCAUCUCUUCGUGGGCCAGGGGAGGAAUGUCUGACAAAAUGGAUCGACAUGAGAUCGGAUCAACUCAAGCUCGUGCGACUCACUAAAUUCAAACGUUAUCCACAGCAGUGAUACGAUUCUCCCG